UGUCACUGACCACUGUCAGCACUCAGCUUUUUUUGUUUCAGAUAAAUUUUGAAGAUAGAACAACAAUAGUUGCGUAAAUUACAAGCAAAGAUGUCGAUUUCACCGUUCCUCCGUUCUCCCUUCACGGACCUGACUGGAGGCAUGUUCAGCCACCAGCUGCUAGGUACAUGCCAAAAGGAAGAGAUGCGUUAUAUGGACUGCCUUGAAGCAUACGGCUUGGACCGCGGGAGGAACAAGUGCGCAUACUUAUUCGCGGACUUUCAUGAAUGCCAAACGAAAACCAAACAAUUUAAGCGAUUUGCGGCAAUGCGCAAGGAACGCGAACGUCAAAUUGCUGAAGGCAAAUUGACAGGAGACAAACAAUAUGUAACACCAAGAAUUGAUAGUUUUUAAUCAAUUAAAUUUAUGUGAUGCCGUUGUAAAAAUAAAAGUGUAAUAUAGUGAUUUUGUUUCA